GACGUUUUCCAAGAUGACGAGAUAUUUCAACCAGAAAGAGAUUGACGAGUUCAAGGAAUGCUUCAAUUUUCAUGCAAGAAAAGGUUUUAUAAACAAUGAAAAAGAUUUAUCAGUAAUAAUGAGAUCAUUAGCUUACAGUCCAACCAAAGUAGAACUGGUGAAAUAUUUUCAAAAACAUGUUGCAGCUGAUGGAAGAAUAGAAUUUUCAUCAUUUCUAGAUAUAUUACAUGAACAUUCCAAGAUAGAAAAUUGUGAAAAGGAGUUACUUGCUGGGUUUAAAGCACAAGAUAGUCAAAAACAGGGUUCUAUCAGUACAGCUGAAGUAAAAAAUAUUUUGAUGAAUAGUGGUGAAAAAUUGAGCAGAAAUGAAGUGGAUGCUUUGUUUAGAGAAACUCGUGUUAAUGGUGGACAAGUCAAUUAUAAACAGUUUCUAGAUGCCUUAUUAACUCCUUCCCCAGAUUACUAAAAUUGUUCGCCAGAUUUUUAAGGUUGUUAACCAGAUUACUGAAGCUGUUCACCAUAAUUACUUACAAUUUAUAUUCACCUAAUUACUUGCUUCACUAGAUGACUCUAUAAUUAAGAUUUAAUUGUUUUUAUCUAGGGUGUCUGUUUUUUUUUACAUACUAAUUAAUUACAUAUGGCUAUAGUAUGUACUGUCACAUAACUGUGAAUUAAAAUAUUCAAUUGGAAUAUCAACAGAUUGGAUUCACUGUGUUUUGGAUAAACAAUCCUUAUCAGAUAAGAUAAAAAGAUAAAAUCCAGAUUUUAAGAAAUACAGUAAUCUGAUUGGUUAAUAAAAUAAAAUUUAAUAUCUAUUUUAAUGAUUGACUAAUCAUAUGAUCACAACACUAAAAUCAUCUUAAGUUUUCCAGAAUAAGGCCACUGAAAGACUUAGUUUUGAAAAGGGUUUAACUUUCUAAAAUUAGACUUACUGCCCUUGAGCAAAGUAAGUGAAACCAUUGAACAGUACCAUUUUGAAGCUGAUAUUCAAUUCAUAUUGAACAUUCAAUUUUUGUAUCAUAUUUGACAUGAGAAACUUGCUAAUAUGUGAUUUAAUGAAAAUUAUGUGCUUGAACAUUCCAAUUACCUGAAGAUUUUUAUUUUACUAUAGAAAGUUAUAUUGUUGUUGAAGUAAUUCCAUUGUUUUUCUAACUAGUGAAAUCUUAUACAAAUAUAUCUUAUAUUUAUAAAACAGUAAUAUUAUGUUAAAAUGUUUAAAUGAUUUAUACAGAACAUAUUUUAUUUACAUUAUUUACUCUAUAAUCAAUUUAACAUAUCACUUCUAUUUAUAUACAAAUAUUAAUAAAUUAUUUAAGAAU